AUGGUCUUUGAAUCGAUCAUUGCUGAACUUCUAAAUAAAGUAUUAGGGGAAUAUAUUCAAAAUUUGGAUCAUACGCAAUUAAAAUUGAGUUUAUGGGGAGGAGAUGUAGUAUUGACAGACUUAUUAAUAAAAGAAACUGCAUUAGAUAUAUUGAAUUUACCUAUUAGAUUGGAAUAUGGAAGAUUAGGAAAACUUAUAUUAAAGAUACCAUUUAAAGAUAUGUGGAAUGGACAGAUUGAUGCUAUAGUUGAAGAAUUAUAUUUACUUGUAGUACCUUCAAAUCAAAUUGCAUAUGAUGCAGAAAAGGAAGAAAAAAUACAGCUUGAAGCAAAACGUGCAGCGCUUGCAAGGGUUGAAAAAAAAAAACAAUUAGCAGAUAUUAAAUCACAAGAGAAACUAGAUGAUUCAAUGAUUGAAAAACUCAUUGCUCGAAUGAUUAAGAAUAUCCAUAUUGAAAUUAAAAAGAUACAUGUGAGAUAUGAAGAUCAUAUUUCAUUUAAAGAUCAUCCUUUUUCUGUUGGUUUUACAUUGAAUAUAUUUACUUUAGAAAGUUGUAGUGAUACUUGGGAAAUAAAUAAUUUAAAGGAUAUGUAUGCUAUUCCACAAAUUUACAAGUUAUGCACACUAGAUGGUUUAGCAGUGUAUCUUAAUACAACUAUAGAACAGUUUAGUCAUAUACAAUCAAAAUAUUCAGAUCUAUUUUAUAGUGGAAUUGCAACUAUAGAUUAUAAUCCACCUGGCUAUCAAUACUUAUUGGGUCCAAUAAAUGUCAAUGCUAAAUUAAAAUUAAAUCCAAAGCCAGAAACAGAUGGAAGUAAUUAUAAAAUUCCUAAAGUAUGGUUGGACAUGGAAAUGCAAAAAUUAAGAGUAGGAUUAGCAAAAAAACAAUAUUAUACUCUUGUUCAAUUAGGGGAAGGUUUAGAUCAAGCUCAAAAAGCUGCACCAUAUAGAAAGUACAGACCAAAUUUACCAUCAUAUAGAGGAUAUUAUAAACAAUGGUGGAAAUUUGCAUACAUUUGUGUUUUGGAAGAAACAGUACGUAGAAAACGUAGAAAUUGGGACUGGAAUCAUAUGAAAAAACAUCGAGAUAUGUGUCGUUCUUACGCUGAAGCGUAUAAAAUGAAAUUGACAACCAAGAAAAUUCCACAGGAAGUAGAAGAACUUCUUACUGAAUGUGAAAAGAAAUUAGAUAUUUUUAAUUUAGUCAUUAUUAGGCAAAAAAUUGAAAUGGAAGUUGAAAAAUUAGUAGAAAAAGAAAAAAGCUUAAAAGCGAAACGUGGUUGGUUCGGUUUUUUGUGGUCCAAUACACAAAUAGAGGAAACACAAGAGUUAAAUUCUGCAGCUGCUAUAAUGCGAAAAUUUGAGGAAGCAAUGACACCACAAGAGAAAGAAAAAUUGUACCGAGCAAUUGAUUAUCAAGAAAAUGGUGUGCCAGUUCAUUAUCCCGAAACAUAUGAAAUGAUAGAUACGCGAUUUCUUUUAUAUGAGUUACAAAUUAUAAUUUUAGAUACAGAUAAAGACUAUCCUUGUAUUAUGGAUCUUCAGUUACAUAGUGUUGAAGCUUGUUUCAAAUCAAGACCAUCUGCCAAUGCCAUUUUAGUCACAGCAUCAAUUAACGAAAUGAAAUUAUUAGGAACAAAACAAGAUGAUUAUAUACCUUCACUUUUCAAUUCACAUCAGCAUGGCACAGAUAAUGUUCUGAUUUCUGUAUCAUAUGAAAAGAAUCCUCUUGAUAAAUUAUGUGGUGAUCGUAUCAUAGUAAAAUCAAAAUCUGUAGAUAUUAUUUAUGAUGCACAAACUGUAAUAGAAUUAAUUAACUUAUUUAAAGUACAAAAUUCAUCAACUUUAUACAAUCUUCAAGCAGCUGCUGCAGAACAAUUAGAAGGUUUAAAAGAAAUGUCGGCUUUAGGUUUAGAACAUGCCAUUCAAAAACAUUCGGUAUUAGAUAUACAGGUUAAUAUGCAAGCUUCUCAAUUAAUCAUACCACAUGAUGGAAGAUAUAAUAGCACAAAAUCAUUGUUAAUUAUUGAUCUUGGUAGUUUACAAAUACAUUCUCUAGAAAAACCAAAAGACGUUAAAACACAUGUAACUGUUAAACAAUUAAUUAGCAUGGGUAAAACUGAAGAAGAUGUGUUAUUGCAUCUUAGAGAACAUAGUUAUGACAAAUUUGUUUUAAAGAUAGUUGAUUUUCAAAUAUUAGUUUCAUUGCCGGGUGAAGAGUGGCGCACAGUUUUAUCAAACAUAGAUGAUUCUAUGACAUUAUUACAUCCAACAACACUUGAAAUUCAAUUUCACAAAUGUUUAAUAACGGAUGAUCCUUUACUUCCAAAAUUUAGACUGAUAGGACAAUUACCAUCGUUUGUUAUUAAUAUAACAGAUAUUCGUUUAUUACAAGCUCUUUCUAUUGCUCAGAGCAUACCAUUUCCAAAAGAAGAAGAACCAAUAGAACUUUACAAAUUAUCUUUGAGUAAAUCUGUUUCACAAUUAUCUUUACUGAAAGAUUUAACUACUACUAUUGCUGAAAAAAAAAAAGAAGAUCCUAUUGUAACAAUUAAACAAACAACUGAUAUGGAAAUGAGAUUUGAAAUGAAAGAAUUUGCAAUACAAGUUUCAUCUCAAAAAGGCAGUGAAAUAAUACCAUUUAUGAAAUUCGAAGUAUUACAAUUAGAAGCCGAAAUGUUACAACGAACUUAUGAUAAGGAAAUAUUAUUAAGAUUAGGCGGAAUUCAAAUAAAGCAACACUAUAAUCAAAGAGAAAUAUUUAUGGUAAACACUCCUAUGCUUUCUGGUAGAGAUGAAUAUUUGAUAACAGUUCAAUAUGUAAAUGUAAAUAAGCGAUCUCCAGAAUUUAAAACAAAACAUGGAUCUGUUCUUCAACUAUUAAAAUUAGAAUUUACAACAUUAGACAUUUGGCUGCAUCAAGAAGCUCUAAUAAAUCUUCUUCAAUUUAUAUCAUACAUUCAGGAUCAAAUGAAUGCUAUAGCAAAUAGUAAACUUGAAAAAGAAUCUUAUAUGCGUCCACGACUUACUCAUUUGGUUUCCAUUCAAGAAGAAACUACUACAUUUUUGAAGGAACAAAUUCAUAAGCAAAGACUUAGGUCAAUAAUGCGUCGGAGAAGAACAGUCAUUGAGCAUAUAGAUUUAAAAAUACAAGCAAAAGUUGGAACUAUCUGUAUGAAGAUAACUAGCGAUUGUAGAGAAAUUACUGCAUUUUAUAUUGAUGGUAUCAGUGCUGGAUAUAUAAUGAAAUCUUCACAUUCGCAAGCAAAUGUUAAUUUAUCUUCUAUUAAUAUUAAAGAUCUUAAUGUGGCAUCAGCUUAUAGAAAUAUUGUAUCUGUAACAGAAGAUACCGAAUCUUUACAAAUUCAGGCUAUAAUUUACAAUAUUGAACCUUCAGAAAUUGAUAAAAAUAAUAUGUCCAUUACGGUUGUUAUGGGUUGCUAUCGUAUUGUUUUCUUGAAUAUGUUUGUUACCAGUAUAAUGAGUUUUUUAAAUAAUUUUCAAGCAGCCCAACAAGCUAUAAAAGAAGCAUCAGCAGCAGCCGCAGAAGUCGCGAAGAUAAAUAUUAAAGAUGCUAGAAAAAGCGCAACACGUAUUGGACUUGCAAUAAAAAUUAAGGCUCCAGUUAUAUAUGUACCAAUGCAUUCAACAAGUGACCAUUGUUUAACACUAGAUAUGGGUAAUCUUACUAUAUGCAAUAUUUUUAAGAAGUUAGAAAUUACAAAUGAAGUUGGAGAUUUUCCUAUUAUUGAUGAAAUGAGAAUUGAAUUACAAAAUUUUAAAUUAUCUCGGGUGAGAUUGAAUAUAGAAAAAUUUGUAAUUCAAAAUGAAAUAUUGCUAUUAGAACCAGUUAGUUUUACAUUACUCAUUAAACGUAAUUUAUCCAGUGCUUGGUUUACCUCUAUACCAGAUAUUGAUAUGUCUGGUAGAUUAAAUAAAAUUAAUAUAUUGAUAAGUAAAGAAGAUUAUGUAACAGCAAUGAAAGUGUUAGAAAAAAAUUUAAGUGAAACUGUUGAAGAUAAAAAAUUUACAGCAAGUGUUAAUAAAAAAAAAGUUGAAAUAGAAGUUUUACAUCAUCGACCUGAAAAGUUUGUAACUAUUACAGAAGAAUCAGAAGAUACAGAUUUACAAGAACAAGUACAUAUACACACAUCUAUUAAAUUUGAAUUUGUUAUGGAUAGUCUUGUAAUUACUUUAUUUACGGGAGGUUCAAAAACGUUACAAUCACAAAGUUCUCUACUUCAUUUGCCAGAGAAUGGCUUAGCUAAAUUUUGUUUAACGCAUUUUGCAUUGAAAGGUCGAAUAUUUGCCGAUGGAUUAAUGGCAACUUCGAUUCUUCUUAUGAAUUGUACUUUAGAUGAUAUUCGUCAAAGUAGACAAGGUUCAUUUAUUAGAAUUAUGGAGCGAAUAACAGUAAUAUCUUCCAUGAAUAAUAUAGAAGAAGAAUCAAAACCUGUUCGUAGUAUGUUAGAUAUGACUAUUAGACAAAGUUCAAAUGAUACAUUUGUUGAUAUUCGAGUAUUUUCAUUUAGUAUAAUCGUAUCACUUGAUUAUCUAAUGAAAAUAAAAGAUUUUUUCGCGAUUGAUAAUUCAUCAAAUAAACCAGUAUCUCAACAUGUAAAGAACGAACCAAUAGUUAAAAAAAAACAAAUUGUAUCAUCAACUAAAACAAUGUUUACAAUUAAUAUACAUAUUGAAAAGCCUGAUAUUAUACUAUUGGAAGAUAUGGAUGAUAUAAAUUCUAAUUGUAUAAUACUAAAUACUGAAUUAUUAUUGAAAGUACGUUUGAUGGAUGAACAUCAAGUAAUAACUGGUACCAUAAAAGAUUUGUCGAUUUUAGCUGGUAUAUAUAACCCUGUGAGAAGAAGUGAUUGGAUAUAUCAAGUUUUAAGACCAUGUAGUAUAAGUGUAGCAGGUUCUACACCAGAUGGAAAAGGGCUUCAUGUCGAUAUUUGUUGUACAGAUAUUCAUUUAUCAGUUUCGCCAGGUGUUAUAGAAAUAUUGAAUAAAGUAAUUCAUACUGUUACAAAGACGGAAAUAAAAGAUCAAGAAAUUGUUAUUACUGAACAGAAUUAUGAAGGAUUAUGGAUUAUAACACCAUUUGAAGAGAAUGAUUUUUGGUUUUUAAAAACAGAAAUAGGAAUAGAAGCUAUAGAAGAUUUUACAUAUUCUGAUGAUGAGGAUAUUAUUUAUAAACCACAAUUAGCAAUAAUCUCUGCGCCGACAAUUCUGUUCACAUUGGAAGCAGGUGUUGGGAAUAAAACAUUACCAAUGCUUUUACUUCAUAUCGGUUUCCAAAGUAAUAUUUAUGAUUGGAGUACGAAAACCAUGAAUAUAGAAUAUACAAUGUCGGUAAUUAUGGCAUAUUAUAAUAGUCAGUUAGCAUUAUGGGAACCAUUAAUUGAACCAAUAGAGAGAAUCAAAAAUGAAAAGCGAGUUUCAACACCAUGGGAACUAAAAGUUAAAAUUCAGUUUAAUGAUAUAUCAGCAAAUUCUAGAGGUAUAAAUGCGAUCAGCCCUACAUCAGAUAGUGAAACAGAAGAAUUUCAUCAAAUUCCUAAAAUGUCUAUUGAUAUUCUAUCAACUGAAAAUUUGGAAAUAACUUUAACAAAAACGUGUCUCAAUGUACUAAAACAACUCGGUAAUGCAUUUUCAUCUGCCAUGGAAGUUACUGGAAAAGUAAAGACGAAAAGUGUGGCGCCAUAUGUACUAAAGAAUGAAACUGGCUUAGCGAUGAUUUUAGAUUUAGAACGUAGUCAUUUUAAGGUUUUUAAAGAUGGAUUAAAAUUUACAAGCAAUAAUACUGAUUCAUAUAUGGAAGUGAUUCUUGAAUCUGGUGCAUCAGUAGAAUUAGUUCCAAAAACUAUGAAAACUAUAAUACCAUUGCUUGAACAAUUGAAAAGUGAAACAAUUCAAGAAAGAAAUGAUGAUAAGUUUAUUAUUUCGUUCAAAGAAAUUCAUGGAAUCUUAGCAAUACCCGUUUUAAGAGCUGAUAAAAGAUUCUUUUCAUUGAGAUAUCGAAAGGAUAGUUCUGAAGAAUGGGGUAUUGUUUCCGACGUUGUAGUUGACGAAGGAAGUACUAUUGUUACUCUUCGAAGUAUUCUACAGGUGCACAAUCAUUUUAAUCAACCGAUAUCUGUAUAUUACAUGACUAAACGUGGAAAUGAAGUUGAAUGUGUAGGAACAGUUGCUCCAGAUAGUAAAUUAAACCUUCCACUAGAUGCUGUAUAUACUCCAACAAAUGUUCAUGGGUUAUUUUUUAGUGUUGAAGGAUAUAUGGUUUCAGAACAAUUUAUUUGGAAAGAUCUACAAAAAACAAUCAGUAUGACAAAACUCUUAAAAUGCGAAGCUAGAAUAAGACAAGAAAUUGUAGAACCAUUUUAUAUUAAGAUGUUUUUCGUGAUGAUUGUGGUUGGUAGUAUUUUAUAUAAUAACAACACUAUUGGCUUAUUAUUGAAUGCUAUUAACUGGCGAUCCGUAUUCUCUCGUUUCAUUGAUUGCAUCAAGCAUCUUUGCUUGAAAAAUUUAUCCUCAGAACAAAAAAUUUAUCCUCAGCACAAAAAAUAUCUGGAAACACCUAUUCAGGUGGUUGGUGAAAUAGAACAAGUUUAUUUUGAAAAUACUUCUCGCUAUACUAUGGCAAGUACCAUUUAUAAUGUUCAUUUAUACCCAUCUGUAUAUUUGAAGAAUUUUCUACCUAUCAAUAUUAUUGUAAAUUUACCUGGAUCUGUACAAGAGAAACUUUUAGAAGCUGGUACAUCUUAUCAAAUUCCUACAAUUGAUCCUGGGAAAUCUUGUAUAAUCAUAAAAUUACCAAAUUAUUUAGAAAAAGAUUGGUCAUGUAAAGGCGAAAUAUUAGCGAAUCCACCAGAAUUUUCAGUUUGGUCUUUUGAAUCUUUCGACAGUGCACAAAAAGUUAUAAUGGAUUUAGGAAUGCAUACAUCAUAUGAUCAUGGUUCUAUUAUUAUGGCAUUAUAUUGUCCAUUUUGGAUGUUGAAUAAAACAGGCUUAAUGUUGUCUUAUCGUAAAUCAAGUAAGGGUGGCAAAGAACACUCAAGUCCAAUCAAGAAUUUGGUUUGUGUGAAAUCUCAUCAACCACAUGUAGAAUACAGGAUGAAGAAAACACAUUUGAGUGGAGAAGAUUAUCUAAAUGUAUUAUAUCAUCCAGAGAAUUUUAAGGGACCAAUAUUGUUUUCAUUUCGUUCUAAAGUAUUCUUUGGUAAAAAGAAGGCAAUGAUUAGAGUGGAAGAUGGUGAAUGGUCUGAUAAAUUUCCUAUAGAUGUUGCAGGAAGUGAUGGAGUAGUUACUUGUAAAUAUAAUGGUCUAACAUACCAAAUUGGAGUUCAUAAUCAAUUAACUUAUAAUUCUUUAACAAAACAGAUUACAUUUACUCCAUUUUAUGUAUUGAUAAAUAAUUCUGAUUACCUUAUUGAAUGUCAAGAGGGUAAUAGACCAGCUGAUCCUAUGAUUAAGGUUCCCCCUAGAGAAUGCACAGCUUUUUGGCCUCGCUCUGAUCAUGAGCAAAAACUUUUAAAGGCUAGAAUUGCAGGUGAUCUCGAAAAAACUGUAUCAUUUAUUUAUACAGAAAGUCAUACAACUUUAUUGAAAUUAAAUAAUAAGUAUGGAGGAAUUAAUGUAGAUAUACAAAUAAGUGAAGGCGGUAUUUACAUUUCCUUAUCUGUUUAUAAUCAUGGAAAUGCUCCAGCCUUAAUUAUUAAUCAUACUCCACAUACUAUCAAUUUCUGGGAAAAGGGUUCACUAAAUAUCAGAUCUAUACAAACAUAUAAUAAAAUGUUUUAUACUUGGGAAAAUCCUGCAGGACCGCGAAAAUUGAUUUGGGAAGAUGGCAAUAAAAAAGAAAUUGAAGAAACUCUUCGAAAAGAUACAUUAGGAAUUUUUCAUUUACCAGAUUUGGAAGAACAAGUAUUUUAUGUAUCGUUUUUAGAUGGUACACAACGAGUAUUAUUAUUUACAUCAAAUAUGAAAAUUGCGGAAGAUUGUCAACUAUCUGAUGAUUUUGAAGUUAUAGAACAGGAAGUGUCAAUAAAUAUUCAUGGAGUUGGUUUUUCACUUGUUAAUAAUAUUACAAGAUCUGAAUUGUUAUAUAUGUGUAUCGCUAGUUCUGGAAUUAUAUGGGAAAUCCGUAAAUCCAUUAAUCAUCGAUGGCGUAGUCUUAGCACAAGGGAAGUAAAUCUUAUAGAAGAAGGCUAUCAAAAAUAUAUGCGUGAAUUACAAAUAGGAAAAGAUCCGAUGCAAAAAGUAGUACUUGAACCAAAAUUAGAAGUUGAUUAUUUAAAUAUGGAAAUGUUGAAACCAAAUCGUCGUUAUCUACGAAGAACUUUCCAAACUGGUUUAUGGUUGCAAUACCGUACUUCAGUACAUCAAGUGCAGUUACAUGCAAAAAUUAACAGAUUGCAAAUUGAUAAUCAACUUGCGGAUUGUAUUUUCCCAGUUAUAUUGGCUCCAGUUCCGCCCCCAAAGAGUGUUACAAAUGCUGUUGAAAUGAAACCAUUUGCUGAACUUAGUAUGAUUAAACGAUUACUUGUACACAGUAAUGUACAACAAUUCCGGUAUUUUAAGGUUCUUAUACAAGAAUUUCAUGUGAAAGUAGAUAUUGUAUUUAUUAAUGCGAUUAUGGGAUUACUUGAAACAAAUGAAAUGAAUGAUGCGGAAGAAAACAAACUAUUCAAAUUAGAUGUAAAACUUGUUGAUGAACCUUUGAUGUAUCACGUCAGAUUAAUUACUACAGCCGAACAGAAGAAUUUCUUCGAUCUUCUUCAUUUUUCUCCAUUAAAGAUUCAUAUAAGUUUUUCAAUGACUGGUGGUAAUAGUGGGCCUUCUGCAAUGCCUCAUGUAUUAAAUGUAUUAUUACAAGGAAUAGGAGUUACAUUAACAGAUAUUCACGAUAUUGUCUUCAAAUUAGCAUAUUUUGAAAGAGAAUAUAUUUUUAUGACUCAUAAACAACUCAUUCAUGAAGCAACAUUACAUUAUGUGGGACAAGCAAUUAAGCAAGCUUAUGUUCUUGUUUUGGGACUCGAUGUAAUAGGAAAUCCGUAUGGCCUUGUGGUGGGUACCAUGAAAGGCAUUGAAGAUUUAUUCUAUGAACCUUUCCAUGGUGCCAUUCAAGGGCCUGGAGAAUUUGCAGAGGGUUUGAUUCUUGGUGUGAGAAGCAUGGUAGGUCAUACUGUUGGAGGAAUGGCAGGAGCCGUUUCUAAAAUAACUGGAGCUAUGGGCAAAGGUAUAGCUGCUUUAACAUUUGAUAAGGAUUAUCAAAGAAAACGACAAGAACAGCUUAACAUACAACCAGCUACUUUACAAGAAGGUCUUGCUCGUAGUGGCAAAGGCUUAGUAAUGGGUGUUUUUGAUGGAGUAACUGGUGUUGUAAUGAAACCCAUAUCAGGUGCCAAAGAAGAAGGUGUGGAAGGAUUCUUUAAAGGAUUUGGAAAAGGAAUGGUUGGUCUUGUUACUAGACCAACUGCUGGAGUUAUAGAUUUUGCUAGUGGUUCAUUUGAUGCAGUGAAACGUGCAACUGAAUUGAAUGAAGAAGUAAAGAAAGUAAGGCCAUGUAGAUUUUUACAACCUGAUAAUUUAGUUAGACCAUAUGUUAGAGAGCAUGCUGAAGGAUAUAAAAUUUUAAAUGAAUUAGAAAAAGGAAAAUAUUCAAAUACUGAUAUUUAUUUUUAUCAUUUAUACAUUAAUAGAGAUGUAUUAUUGCUUACUGAUAAGAGAAUAGCAUAUUUAGAGCAUAGUGACUUAUUUGGUGGAUGGCGGGUAUAUUGGACUCACACAUGGCAAGAAUAAGCGAGCCGAAAUUAGUGGAUAAGGGUGUUCAGAUAUUUAUUAAAGAUACUAGUAAAAAAAAGAAAUUAGGCUUAUUUGGUAUCGCAGAUCAA